GGAAGGCGUGCGCCCGCGGGCUGCGGCGCGUGAGAGCCGCGGCAGGCCCGAAGGGUUGGCACGGGAGGGAGGUCAGGUUUCUUUUCGGUCGCUGCACAAAGCGGAAUUUCGGUUGCACUGCCAGAGAAAGCUCUUGAUGGCCGCAGGCUUUGGACAGUGGGAUUGACCCCCCGGGCAGGCCCAAGCUGCCCCUCACUGGAGGCCUUUGCAGGAGGCUGGAGCGCCCGGGGUCGCCUGAGCUCCGCCUCCGCCCGUCAGGCCGUGCAGGGGUCCCCUCUGAGGAAGGCCGUGGCUCCGUGAGACCUCGGGCCCCUGUUGAAGCCGCGCUCUGGCUCUCUCCGUGCGUGCCAGCCGGGGGCCUCCACCAUGUCUGAGCGGGAGGAGCGCCGCUUCGUGGAGAUCCCGCGCGAGUCGGUGCGGCUGAUGGCGGAGAGCGCCGGCGUGGAGCUGACGGAUGAGGUGGCUGCCCUGCUGGCCGAAGAUGUCUGCUACCGCCUGCGGGAAGCCACCCAGAACAGUUCUCAGUUCAUGAAGCACACCAAGCGCCGGAAGCUGACGGUGGAAGAUUUCAACCGAGCCCUGCGGUGGAGCAACGUGGAGGCCGUGUGCGGCUACGGUUCGCAGGACCCCCUCCCGUUCCGUUCCAUCAAGGAAGGUGAGCUGUACUUCCAGGAGGAUCGCGAGGUCAACCUGGUGGAGCUGGCGUUAGCGACCAACAUCCCCAAGGGCUGCGCGGAAACAGCCGUGAGAGUUCAUGUCUCAUACCUAGAUGGGAAGGGGAACUUGGAACCACAAGGAUCGGUGCCCAGCGCCGUUUCUGUGCUGACGGAGGACCUGCUGAAGUAUUACCAGCAUGUGACCCGGGCUGUUCUGGGGGACGACCCUCAGCUGAUGAAGGUUGCCCUCCAGGACCUGCAGACCAACUCGAAGAUCGCUGCCCUCCUGCCCUAUUUUGUCUACAUCGUGAGUGGGGUCAAGUCGGUGAGCCACGACCUGGAGCAGCUGAACCGCCUGCUGCACGUGGCCAAGAGCCUGAUCCAGAACCCUUACGUGUGCCUGGGCUCCUACGUCAAGAGCCUCAUCGCCAGUGUCAUGUACUGUGUCCUGGAGCCCUUGGCUGCCUCCAUCAACCCGCUGAACGACCACUGGACCCUGCGCGACUACGCGGCGAUGCUCCUCGGACACAUCUUCUGGACGCGCGGUGACCUGGUGAGCGGGCUGUACCAGCAGAUCCUGCUGUCGCUGCAGAAGGUGCUGGCCGACCCUGUCCGCCCGCUCUGCUCCCACUACGGGGCGGUCGUGGGGCUGCACGCCUUGGGAUGGAAGGCUGUGGAGCGCGUGCUGUACCCCCACCUCUCCGCCUACUGGUCGAACCUGCAGGCCGUGCUGGACGACUACUCCGUCUCCAACGCCCAGGUGAAGGCCGACGGGCACAAGGUGUACGGGGCCAUCCUGGUGGCGGUGGAGCAGCUCCUGAAGAUGAAGGCGCUGUCCAUUUCGGCCCCGGCCCCGGCCGAGGGCUCCGGCGGGGAGGGGCGCCUGCAGGAGGGCUGUCCCUGGCUGAGCCCCCUCCAGGACCCCCAGGUGGAGUUCGGCUUCGGCAUAGCCAGCCACCUGCUGCAGCUGGGCAGCGGGGGGCCCCAGGCAGGCGUGGGCCUUGCCACCAACCCCCCGGCCCUCUCCCUGAGCGAGAUCUACCAGGAGCUGUACUGCUUCUUCGGGGACAGCCUGGCCGUCCGCUUCGGCACGGGCUCGGCCCUGCGCCCCGCGGAGCCCCUGCCAGCCAGCCCCCCCAAGGUGGCCGACGCCAAAAAGGAGCAGACGGCCUUCGGGACCGCGGGGGACGCGGUGCGCAAGAUGCCCCAGCUGACCGCCAACGCCACCAUCAGCCCCCGGGAGGAGGAGAGCCCGCGCGGGGACUUUGCCGCCAGCCGGCCCGCCCUGCACCGCCCAGCCAGCCUGGCCCGCUGCCGGAGCGCCUCCCGCCAGCCGGGGCACCGGCCGGGCAUCCGUGAUGUCUUCCAGAAGAGCCGCUUCUCCCCGCAGGGGGCGCCCUGCUUCAGCUUCGUGAUCGCCGGGCGGCAGGUGGACCGGCGCUGCCAGGGCCGCCUCUUCCAGACCGCCUUCCUCCAGCACCACGGCCCCAGCCACGUCUCCCGCUACGCCCAGAAGCUGCCCAUGAUCGGCCGGACCAGCAAGCCGGUCAAGCGAUGGGCCCACUCGGAGUACUCGCUCCACCUGCCCCUCUGAGGGCCUGCGGGCACGGCCCCCGCGGGUCCGGCCAGCCGGCCAGCCCCUGCCACGCGAGGCGAGGGUGGACAUGGCGGUCGGCUCCCGGAGGCCCCCAGGCCGGGGAGCAGGAGGGUCGCUGCCCCUUGGCCUCCCUCUUCCUGGCCCGGGCCCUGCAGGGACGGAGGGCCUUUCGGGACGCCCUGGCGCUGCGCUCCCCCUGCUAGCCAAAGGUACGGCAGGCGCCCUCAGGAGCACCUUGAAUUCCCGGCUUGGCUGUGGGGCCUGCCCUGGCCGAGCGUCUCCCUUUUGCAGAGCGAGGGCACUUUGGGGCUGUGUGAGGAGCCUCCUUUUGGGGGGAAGAGCUCUGUACAGGGGGCUG